AUGGCCACAGCGGUUGAGAUGGCCAUUGAAAAAAUUGACGAGGUUAAGUCGAGGAUUGGGCGCACCCUUGGUACUCCUAUGCGCCUUCGAGAUCUCAUCCGUCAAGUCCGUGCGGCCCGAACAAUGGCGGAGGAAAGAGCAGUUGUCGACAGAGAAAGUGCCAACAUACGAGAAAAUUUCCGGGAAGACGAAUCACCGUGGAAAUGUCGAAAUAUAGCCAAAUUGCUCUACAUACACAUGUUGGGAUAUCCAGCCCAUUUCGGACAGAUGGAAUGUAUGAAACUUGUUGCUCAACCUCGUUUCACAGACAAACGUAUAGGUUAUCUUGGUGCGAUGCUGCUGUUGGAUGAGCGCUCUGAAGUUCACUUACUUGUUACUAACUCACUAAAAAAUGACCUAAACGCUACAACACAAUUUGUAACAGGACUUGCAUUGUGCACACUCGGCUCAAUCUGUUCAGCAGAAAUGUGUCGCGAUCUUGCGAACGAAGUGGAACGCUUAGUGAAAAGCAGUAACACAUACAUUAAGAAAAAAGCGGCAUUGUGUGCUUUCCGAGUUGUUCGGAAGGUUCCCGAGCUUAUGGAAGUGUUUAUCUCAUGCACUCGUUCUCUAUUAGGAGAAAAGAACCACGGUGUUCUUAUGGGUGCAACAACGCUCGUGACAGAGAUGUGUGAACGAAGUCCUGAUGUAUUGAAUCACUUUAAGAAGCUCGUUCCCAAUUUAGUUCGCAUCUUAAAGAACCUGCUUAUGAGUGGUUAUUCACCUGAACACGAUGUUACCGGUAUAAGUGAUCCGUUUUUGCAAGUGAAAAUUUUGCGAUUACUGAGGGUUCUAGGUAAGGAUGAUCCUCGAGCAACUGAAGAAAUGAAUGAUAUUCUUGCACAGAAUGUCGGAAAUGCUAUCCUCUACGAAACCGUUCUUACAAUAAUGGAAAUUAAAAGUGAAAGUGGACUAAGGGUUCUUGCUGUCAAUAUUCUGGGGCGUUUUCUGUUGAACCCAGAUAAAAAUAUCCGGUAUGUCGCUUUGAAUACGCUUUUGAAAACCGUGACCAUAGACUACCAAGCAGUACAACGCCAUCGCACUACGGUUGUGGAUUGCCUGAAAGAUCCAGAUGUUUCAAUAAGGAAACGUGCAUUGGAAUUAUGUUUUGCAUUAAUGAACAAAACAAAUAUCGCAAAUAUGACUAAGGAGAUUCUCAUCUUUUUGGAAACGGCAGAUCCAGAAUUUAAGUCUGAAUGUGCCUCUAAGAUGUACGUUGCCACGGAAAGGUAUUCACCAAAUCAUGAAUGGCAUCUCGAUACGAUGAUUACCGUUCUACGCCUAGCCGGUAACUUCGUUCCUGAUGAAGUGGUGUCAUGUAUGAUUCAGCUAAUAUCGUCUCACAGUGAGCUGCAACAUUAUGGGGCUUUGCAGCUCUACCGCGCUGCCCAACAUGACUCGACGAAUGCUCAACCUCUUUUACAGGUGGCAUUUUGGACUAUUGGCGAGUUUGGUGAUUUACUACUUCAACCGGCCGACGCUGACUCAGCUAAGGUCGAGGAGUCGGACGUCAUAGCAGUUUUCGAGGCAGUUCUUCCAUCCACGCUCACUUCCCUAUCAACGAAAUGCUAUGCUGUUAUGGCGCUGGCAAAGCUAGCAACUAGGUUUGGUCCUACAGUUGAUCGUAUUAAUGCCCUCGUUCGUACCAACCAAGCACACAUUCACCUUGAGCUCCAGCAACGAUCUGUGGAGUUCUCUCGGCUUCUAGAUUGCGGCGACAUCAAAUAUGGACUGCUCGAGCGUAUGCCGGUCAUAACACAUAAUUCGCUUAACGCUGCUGCUUGUCUCGUUGAAGAAUCAUUGCAAAAUGCAGCAACAACUGCACCUGUUGCUCCGACGUCUAAUGUUGAUCUUCUCGAUCAAUUGGCUUCUUUAGAACCAGUAGUUUCAGAAACGAGUAAAACGGUUACUGUGAAUCCUGAACGAGUCCUCGCUUUAAACACCAGCGGUAUUGAGGCACACAUCAUGGUUCUGAAUCGAGGAUGGGCGGGUGAUAUAGCGCAGUUGAAAGUGGAAGUGGUUAAUAACACACCAGAAACCGUUCGUGACUUUGCAUUUCAAGCAGCUGUCACUAAAGUCAGUGUUGUUUCUGUUCAUAAAAUUUGGAGGAAUAAUAUCAUCUUGUUGAUAUGUUCUUCUUUAUUUUCCUAUCCUUUUCUAGGCUUUUACCAUCGAGUUACAAACACCAUCAUCCUCAAUGUUAGAGCCAAUGGGUGGAUCUUCAAUAAUUCAGAACAUAAAAAUAACGAGAAUUUCACAUGGACAGCCUGUAAGUGA